CGUGACGCACUUGCAUCCGGGAUACAGCUGAUUUAUCAAAAGCGCAUUAUACCGCAGGCCUUUACACGGUAAAAUGUCAGGUUUUUUGUAACUGGUCGAGGGUCAGCAAUAAACAAAGCAAAAUUGCCGGAUGAAGUUGGAUCAAGACAUUUCAUCGGUCAUUUCUGAGGGAUUUAUUUUGUAGGAUUCAUCUAUUACGUGGGAAUUAUCAAGCACUGCCAGACACAGUGUCAACCGAGACGCUGUUAGACGCCAUGAUGGACGGUAUAUGUGAUAAUGCUGAUAUUCUCAACAGUGCACCAUCGAAAAAGGUUAUCCAUGCAGAUAAUAUUGACUUGUCUGAUAAGUCACUGCAGGUGGACAUAUCCGAUGCACUGAGUGAAAAGGACAAGGUCAAAUUUACGGUGCAUACGAAAACCACUUUACCCGAAUUUCAAAAACCUGAGUUUUUGGUGGUUAGACAGCACGAGGAGUUUGUCUGGCUGCAUGACAGGUUUGAGGAGAACGAGGAGUAUGCUGGAUACAUCAUUCCUCCAUGUCCUCCAAGACCAGACUUCGACGCUUCUCGGGAGAAACUGCAGAAACUUGGUGAGGGCGAGGGUACCAUGACGAGAGAAGAAUUUUCAAAGAUGAAACAAGAACUGGAAGCUGAAUACUUGGCAACAUUCAAGAAAACCGUGGCCAUGCACGAAAUGUUCCUAACGAGACUGGCCCACCAUCCCGUGUUUCGAAACGAUCACAAUCUCCGAGUAUUUCUCGAGUACGAUCAAGACCUCUGCGUUCGUGGCAAGAAUCGGAUUGAAAUGUUUGGAGGCCUGGUAAAAUCGUUCUCGAAGACAACCGACGAAUAUUACCUAUCAGCCACCGUCAAAGACGUCAACGACUUCUUCGACCAGGAGAUGACAUUCCUCCAGCAGUACCACAGUAAUCUGAAAGAGGCCACCACCCGAUCUGAUCGUCAAACGAUGAAGCAUAAGGAUGUGGCUGAUUCCUACAUAAAAAUCUCAACGAAUUUACUGCAGUUAGCAGCCACUGAUUCCGGAAAACUCGAACGAUUUCUUACUAAAAUUGCUGAGACCUUUGAAAAAUUACGCAAAAUAGAGGGUCGUGUGGCCUCCGAUGAGGAUCUCAAAUUAUCAGAUACCCUUCGUUAUUAUAUGCGAGAUACAGCAGCGGCCAAACGGCUACUCUUCAGAAGAUUGAAAGCCCUCCACACUUACGAAACUGCGAAUCGCACCCUGGAGAAAGCUCGAGCUCGUAACAAGGACGUUCAUGCGGCACUGGAGGUUGCAGAGGCUGAGAAAGCGCAAACCGAGGCUUGUGAUAAAUUUGAGCAGAUGUCAGAUAAGGGAAAAGAAGAGCUGACAGACUUCAUGACGCGGAGAAUAGCUGCCUUUCGUAAAAAUUUGAUUGAGCUAACUGAGCUGGAAAUUAAACAUGCUAAGUCGCACGCGGAUAUGCUCAAGAAGUGUCUGCUGUUCCUUCGGGAAGAGUGAUUCAAUUUUCAACCAGCCUCGUCAAAGGGAUAAAGAUAAGGGAUGGAAAUGAAGGUGAUGAGGAGAAAGUUGAGAGGUGCGUUUAUUCAAUAUAAUAUGUAAAAUAUAUUUUUCUGUUACUGGCAAUCACGAUCUAUAAUUAGAACAAUGCCGAAAUGAUGAAGGGAUUUGUAGGUGCGACUUUUUUACGAAUUAGAAUUUCUAAUGAACGGAGGUGAACAAUAUAAUUGAUAAAAACAAUUUUGCUGGUAAAACUAGCUGUAAAGUGCUUUGAUAACGAAAGUACGAUUUCAUUACGAGGUUCAAACCAGUGUUAAGAGCGUAAUCUCUUCUUUUGCAUUAUUGGUACGAGUUUGUACGAAACAAAAAUUCCACUAUAACGUUCUAAGAUAAAAUCUGUAUAGUGUUUAAGAUUAUUCCUCAUCUAUAUUACACCAUUAUGUUUUUCCUUUUUUUUUAAACUAGGACUCUUUAUAUUAUUGAUGGAGAGAAAAUAUAUGAAUCUAUGUUAUGUAAAUCAUUCAAAUCUACUGUAUUGUAAUAAAGACCAAUGGUAGAAUAUGAA